AUGCCCCGAAAACACCGACCCCCGCGCCCCCGAGACCCAAAGGCCUGUCGGGCCUGUGCGCAUGCAAAGGUCAGAUGCGAGAGCACAGCGCAGGAUGGGAGCGCGUGUAAGAGGUGUCUCCGCUUAAAGAAAGACUGCACGACGCAGCUGCCUGGGGUGCAUAAACGGGUGGGUCCUCGGCCAGAUAUCGCACGGUUAGAGAAGAAAAUAAACGAUAUGGCGGCUGCUGUUACUGCUUCACCUCGACCACUAUUGAGCGCAAGCGCAGAUGGACCAGGAGGCGGUGCAACUUGUAUAACCCGACAGAGCAUCUUCGCUGAUAUCAGCAAUGAAGAAGCUCAAAGGAUGCUCCAUAGAUUCCAAACAGAAAUGGCUUCCUAUUUCCCGUUUGUGGCCGUCCCGCCAGAUACAACAGCCUCGGAACUACGACAAAGCAGGCCCUUUGUUUUUUGCGCGGUGGCUAUGGUGUCAUGCCGCGAUAAUAUAGAACGACAACUGGGCAUGGCACGUAGUAUCCGAGAGUAUGCCGGAUCUGCUAUAGUGGCCUGGGGAGAGAAAGGUUUGAACCUCCUACAAGGACUCCUGGUCUGUUUGGGGUGGUAUCAUUUCCAGCUUGAGCUUGGAUCUCAAAUACGCAGUAUUCUUCACUUGUCUUUGGCGAUGCUGAGUGAUCUAGGUCUAAAUUGCAGGCCGAGCUCGGUGAAGAGAAUUUUACCGUUGGAGAGCUUUCCAGCGGACUAUGAGAGGCAGGUUAUGCAUCGCACGCUGGAUGAGCGGCGGGCCUACCUUGGGUGCUUCUAUAUGAGUGCCAUGGUUUCAAUAUGCCACGGUGCCAUAGAUCCGAUAAGAUACACAGAUUAUACUGAGGAAUGCUGCCAUGCAAUUGCGCAGGCUGUGGAACAUCCAAAUGAUCUCUAUUUAGUGCACUUGGUGCGGCUACAUCGCCUCUCAGACAGUAUCGGACGUAUACAUUGUAGCCAAAUCGACCCUCCGGGGAUACCCUCGGCCCCUAUACCAGAGGCCAUCAAGGCCGUCGAGACAGAAUUGCGACAUUUCAAGCCAUGUCCAUCCAAUACCCUACAUGACUCUAUUUUGCUUCUGCAAUACCACAAUCUCGAAAUCAGCCUGUAUGAUGUCGCUCUGGAAGACGACUUUUUGACCAAUGUUGCAAGUACCUCGAAGCGUGCCAGUAUCCUCUUCUCAUGUUUAGCCGCAACGAGGACAUUCUUCGACGCGUUUUCGUCCAUCCCACCUCAACAAUACCCAAACCUUCCAUACCCAGUGUACGCGACAUACUCUCACGCACUCGGAACCUUGUCCAGACUCCUCCUCUUUACUGGCGAAGGCUGGGAUUUGGAACAUGCGCGCAGUAUUGUAGACAUUGACGCGACAAUUGGCACAUUAAUCACGGGGAUGGAGAAGGGAUCGAUGGCCCAGCACGAUGGACAACCAGAAUAUCACUUUCCGGAGGCCCUCGCCGAGAUGACACCACGUCUUCGUGCAUUCGGGGAAUACCACAAGAUAAAACGCAGCGCGUUGCAGACCAACUCGUCGGAACAAUCACUUGACAAAGACCCAGCCACAGCAUCUGAGGAUGCCAUCCAGGAUAUCAUGUUCCCAUUGCCCCACGGCCUUUCGUGGCGAAUCCUUCGACCACCAUGA